AAGCUACUGAGUCUUCACUAUUGGAAGAUCCUGUCAGCCUGUGCUGACAUUCACCACCUUGAACCUUCACAGAUCAAGUGGCCUGGCACAGGACCACCAUCAGUGACUGGUUAUGGUGCAAUUUGAGUUGCUCAGCUGCAUGGAUGUAUUCUGGAUAUGUUCUUCUGAAAUUUUGGUUCGUGUCCCAAAGCCUAUUCACUGAGCAUUUCCAAAGUAACUUUGUGGAGCCAGACUGAUGAGUGGAUAUCUUUGGUCCUAAGAAAGUGCUAAAGAUCCAGGGCUAUUUCUUCUUACCUCUUUUUUCCAUAUUACUUUCUCAUUCUUCAUAUAUAAGAUAAAAGGAGGUAAUAAGAGAAAGAUGCUCAAAUGACCUCUGUGCACUUUGGGUCUUUUCUACUCUAAUCUGAAUCCAGUGAGAAAUACUUGAAAGGGUUCUCUGCUUCCUGUGAGGUUACUUCAUUGAACCCCAAAUGUAUUUCCCCAUAAAAAGAAAUGGUGAUAUAUGAGGAACUUGUGAGUUUAACCAGAAUUCUGCUUAUUCUGGCCUGUAUUUACAGAUUUGUCUGCAGCUUUCACUGUUCAUUUGAAAAUGGAGGAAUUGGAUUCCCUCUGUGCAUUACAGCAGGAGUAUGACUCUUACUGAAAGUUUCAGAACAAGUCCUGAGGAUAUAUUCUCCUAUUAUUCUGCAAGAAGGACUCUCCUUGAUAUUAAUGAAAGCUUUGUGUUCAUCACAAGUGGAAGAGAGCAAAGGAUUAAUUUAUAUUCUAGUCAUUAAUUUGCCCACGUGCCUAUUUGUUCACUUUGUGUUAUGUACCCUCAACUUGUAACUUUUAUCUUUGCAGAGUUCCCCUGGAAUUCUGCUCUGGUUGUAUGCAGGUGUUUUCCUAAGGGGAAGAUUCAAAUACAGUAGUUCUUUUAUAAAGUUUGCCUUUUCCUAAAAGGGUGCUCUAAAAUAUUUGAACUAAAUUUCAGAUGUCCAUCUGAAUGCAUCUGGGUUUGUGGAGGAAAGAGUCUGAAAGGAGAGGAAAUUGGCUUUCCAUUCUGCCUGACUUUUCCUUAAACACUCCAGUAGCUUCUUAGAGUAACUUUCUAUCCUGCAGUUUUGUGUCUCUUUUAUCUUGCAGAUCUUAAAAUAAGAAACAAGCACCUUAAAUGUAUUUGGGAGAAUCAGACAGGUUUCUGUCAAAAUCAAGAUUUUGAAUUUUUCUGUAGUCUGUUAAUAACAGUAAUAGACGAUAUUUAAUCAAGAUGAUUGAAAUAUUAAGAACUGAUUUUAAAGAACUGACUAUGCAAAUAUCAUCAUAAUGAGACACAAGAAUACUGUCAAAAGCCUUGUUAAAAUUGAGCCAAAUGCCAUCAACCACUCUCCCUUCACCCACAAGUACACACAUUUUAGCCUAGAAUGGAACCAAUUAAAAAAAAAAAGAACAGUAGGGCAUAAAUUAAGGUUCAAAUAUUGUUAUUGAUUCAGGUUUUGUCUGCCUAGGGGAGAGGAAGACCUGCUGAAGCAGAUAGUGUUAUACAACAGAGAUAUUUGGGGCCCAUUGAAAUAAUUGAUAAAUGUCCCAUUUACCAGGUAGGUUAAACAGUGUCUCACAAAAUAGAUCCAGUUUAUAAAAACAUAUUCAGAUUACUAGGAGUCAUAAUUGAGAAAUUAGUUUCUUUUGGAAUACAAAGAAAUGCUUGAAAAGAGGUUAUGUUAAACUUUGGAUUUGCCUAUUAUUUUCUGAGGAGAGCAAUAGAAGGUCAGUUUGCAGUUUUUUUAGGAAGACUGCACAAAAUACUUACAUAGUAUGGGAUACACUGCUUACAUAAACUAUUCAUCAUCUCCAGGUCGUAUUUCUUUGAUUAUAGAUGUAGGAGCAUUUUAAAUGUGAGAAAUGCAUUUGACAUAUUUUGUUUUGUUCCUUGAGACACUAGGUUAAAAAAAAAAUUCUUUGAAUCCUUUAAUUUGUCUUUCACACAGAAAAAUGUAAUUUUCUUUUAGUUAUAAAAAGAGAUACUGAGAAAACUUUGGUGAUUAAAAUAAUAAAGAAAUCUUACCUGCAGAAAUUUGCAUCUUGCAUCAUAGGGGAUGAAAAUAUGCCUUUACUGAGUAACUUGAGUAACAUGGAGAUAAAUUUUAAACUGCAAUCUUUUAAUGUAAUAAACUCAUUAGGUUUUCAGGAAGUCAUAUUUUUCUCCAAACAUUUUACUUUGUCACAUUAUGAGUAUGUGCAAUAUUACUGAUUAGGGAAAAACAAUAUUUCUAUCAAUUUAAGCAACAUUCGUGAUUGACCAUAACAAUUAAGCAGUAAUUCUAGUAUUUGACAGUCAUUUCCAUAUAUUUUUGGAGUCACAGAUGAUCAUCUACAGAAUCACAGAAUGAGUCAAGUUGGAAGGGACCACAGUGGGGCAUCUGGUCCAACCUCCCUGCUUAACCAGGGUUACCCUAGAGCACGUGGCACAGGAUUGUGUCCAGAUGGUUCUUGAAUAUCUUCAGUGAGGGACACUCCACAGCCUCUCUGGGCAAUCUGUUCCAGUUCUCAGUCACCCACAUACUAAAGGAGUUCUUCCUCAUGUUCAGGUGGAACUUCCCAUGCAUCACUAAGUCUUGUCCUAUUGCUGGGCACGGCACCACUGAGAAGAGCGUGUAAACAUCCUCUGACACCCUCCCUUCAGAUACUGACAGACGUUGAUGAGGUCCCCUCGCAGCCCCCUCUUCUCUAGGCAGAACAGGCCCAGCUCCCUCAGCCUUCCUGUGCAAGAGAGAUGCUCCAGUCCCUUAAUCAUUUUUGUUGCCUUCCUCUGGAAACUCUCCAGGAGCUCCAUGUCUGUCUCAUCCUGAGGAGCCCAGAACUUUCUACAGUAUAGACAGCGAAUGCUUUGCCUCAGUAAACACUGGACAUCUUUUGAGAGUGUUUGAGAAUCAAGUUGUUGGAUUUGAAGAAAUACAAGUAAGAAAAAAAAUUAGGAAAGAUGAAUUUUGGAAGUCCAGAUCUAAGGCCCUUAGCUCUUAUUGGCUUUCUACACUUCUGAUACAUCGUGGCUAGAGAGAAACCAUAAUAAUUCACUAAGAAAUUGUUGGCUGACUUGGAAAUUUAGAAACUUGGGACUGAACCUUGCAGUCAUCAUGCCUCUAGCUAGAAAUACAGAUACCUUCAGAAUUUUAACUGGAAGAAUCAUUUUCAGGAGUACCUGCCCUCAAGGGAAGAAAAUGCUGACCUACUUCCCCUCAGGGGAGCAAAACUCACAAUUUGUCCUGGAAAGGAGGCCAAAUCUCUUGAUCAUUUACAGCUGGCAGCUGUGAGAAAGUCCAAGUGGUAGAUAUGUGACUAUAUCUGGGGACAGGGAGAGUGGUGCUGGUUGCAAAACUCCCAGGAGUUCAGGUAGCUCUGUGGUGAGACUCAAAGCCUUAAAUCCUUUAAAAACCUGAAGACUCCAACAGGUUUUCCAGCAAGCCAACAGAUAAGGUCCUGUUGAAAACUUGCUCUCUGUUCUUAGAAGUUACUGAUCGUAUCUGAAUAAUUCAGCGGUUUUCUGGAAGAUUAAUGCAGCCUUAAAGGUUGAGCAGCUACAGAUCACAUUCUGCUCUUGAGCUGCAGUAGUGCAGAAGUUGGUUGUGCUCAUCUGGUUGUCCAGAUCCACUUCACUGUUACUGACUGGCAGACUGUGAUCUAAUGUCUGUCGAGCAUGGCCCACAAGUGUUGUUCAUACAUGCAGGAGCCUGGAACCAUGUUCUUCAGAUGGAUCAAAUCUGCCAAAUGAUGCAGGCCACCAUAUGUAAUUGGCCUGUCUCCAACAUAGUUUAUCAUUCUGUUAAUUUCUCUAUUAUUUGCAUAGUUCAGUAGCAUAUAAUUUUCCAGAGUACUGGAGAAGAUACUGAAUAUUGUAGGGGUAAAUGUAUGCCUGUGGGAUUAUAUUAGAAAGGGUCUUGUUAAAUAUAUUUUUUUUGUUUGUUUUUAAAAUUAGUUUUGUAUAAAAAUGACUUUUAUACAAAAUAAUUUUUCUGGAAAAAUAUUUUAAUACAGAUAUUUCUUUUCUGGAGAAAUAUUUGCUAACUGUGAUAAAUGUGUUGAUUUUCGGAAGCGCUUACUGUCUGAAUGCUCAGCAAGAGAAAGCAAAAGGUUUCAAAGGUUUCUAAGGAUAUGAUAUCCUAACAUAGCUACCUUUACUGAAAACUUUUAGAAUAUUCUCAAAGAACACUAUCAAGUGUUUUUGAUUACAGAUUUUCCAUGACGAUGUGUUGACUGCUGCUAAUUAGGUCAUCAUCUUGUAUCCCAUAUUGCUUUUGUAUGACAAUACUAAGGGCCAGCACCAGGAAUAUUAACUUAGUGAGCCUCACCAUCCCCUCAGCAAUUAGUAAAGGUUAAUUUUAAAAGUUACAAAUAAAAUUUUUUCACAAUAUUUUUUUUCAGUUUUUUCUCAUUCCCCAAGUAACAGCAAUGUAUUGAAGACCUGUUAGCCUGUGUUUCUUUUGGGGGGGUAAAUGUUGUCUGAGACUUUGAUUUUAAAAUUAAAAAUACUGACAUAUAUAUCUUUUUUAAAAAAUUUUCUUGUUGAUUACUAUUACUACAUUUUCAAAUAAUAAUAAUAUCAUCAUCAAAUCUCUUUUAUUAACGAAUUCUUCUCUUAUGACUAUGUACCUUUUCUAUUUUUAACAGUUAAUGAAAUACUUUCACCUGCUCCUAACUGUAGUCAAUUUAUAUUAUAAAAUUGUCUUCUUCUCAUUUUGUCUCAUUAUUAUUUCCAGCUUUCAAAUACUGACAAUUUAAAAGCACCUUGUGUUUGUGUGUGUGUAGUAGUAGUUACUGGUAUAAGAUUCUGUACAGUGAGAUGUAACAAGUCUUAUUGCCUGCAUGCAGUGCAGGUGACCAUGCAGACUUUUUUUUGGUUUUACUCAGAAAAUUUGUAUUUAGUAUAGCAUCUUGUGAUUUAUUUGUGAGAGCACUAUAGCUAUUCAUGUCUUGUUUCUCUAAAUCUUCAGUAACACGAAUGCAUAUAAUGGUGGUACAGAGUUCCCAGAUCUACCUCUCCCUGCCCAUUGUCCUAAGUAAGGCACAUUCAAUAAUUUGGUUCUUCAAAAUUCUAAUUUACAGAUUUAAUUUCUACCUAGACCUCUUUUAUCUUUUCCUGCUGAGAAUUGAGAAUUGUAGAAUCACAGAAUGGCCUGGGUUGAAGGCGAUCUUAAAGAUCAUCCAACCUCCCUGAUUUUGCAGGGAAUAUUCCACUAGACCUGGUUGCUCAGAGGUUGCUCAACCUGGCCUUUGAACACUGCUGGGGAUGGGCAUACACAGCUUCUCUGGGCAGCCUCUUCCUCCCAGUGUCUCACUACCUUCAUGGAAUAUCUUCCUGAUACUCAUUCUAAACCUACGCUGAGGUUGAAACCAUUCUCUUGUCACUACAUACCCUUUGAAAAAUGUCCCUCUCCAUCUUUCUUGUUGGCUCCAUUCAGGUACUGGAAGGCCACAAUUAGGUUACCCUGAAGCAUUCUCUUCUCCAGGCUUAGCAAACCAAAUUCUUUCAGCUUUUUCUUGUAAGAGAGAUACUCCACUCUAAUCAGCUUAGACUUUUCCAUUUUCAUUUCUAGAGCUUCUCUUUGAAGAAAGGCUAAAACUUUCUUCUCUUCCUAUUCCUGAUGCCUUUCUCUUUGCUUUGAUAUGUAAUAUUAGAUGCCAGGCUAAGACUAACCCUAGCCAGCCUGUCUUUCAUGUCCACAAGUUUUUUUCUGUAACAGAGGCUAAGUAAGAGCUGAGCUACAGAGCUGUAAUUUAGAGGUCAUGAAUGAAGUAGAACUACUAAGGUGGACUCCUUGUGAGACCAAAGUCUGCAUUUCCUUUUCCUGCAUGUGAAAGUGAUGAGGAAGUCCAUGUUUGUGUGAGAUUGAUGGUCUCGGUAGCAGAAUUAUGUUCCUGAUCAUGGAAGUGCCAGGGGUGCCACUGAGGACUGCAGUGGUAGACUGCCAGAUGACUAGACUUUUGCAGAACCAGUGCAAAUCUUGCUAGAAUUUCAGGAAGUUGCUUACUCCGAGCAUCCAGCAUGUAAUUCAUGGAGAAAUGAAGGCUGAAGUUUUGAUAUGACUGACAAGGAUCUGUAGGCAAGCAUAUAAGUAUAAAGCAAAAUUCCAUUGACUAAAUGUAGGCAUCUAUCAUUUGAUGUGUCCUAGAGCAUCCAAGACUCACAUUGGCAUAUAUGAGAGGGCAUCUAGGUCACAGACAAUGGCAGGUCAAUUUGUGCUUUUCUUCAGUGGCAGCAAACUAGGUGGGAUGCACAACAAAAUUUAAAAUUGCAUUGUGUGCCGGCAGCUUUUAUAAUGUUUUUGUUUCUUUGACCUGCUUCUGGAUAUAGAUUGUAUGGAUCUUACAGGGGCUUCGUUAUUUCUUCUGUGAUUGUCACUAUCGUUAAAAGUGUACUAUACUACCCUCAGUGUUUUUGAAGUGCUUACUUUGGUUUAGAAAGACAGAUAAAUCUGUUUUGUAGUUUGCCCCUUAUAAAUGUACACAGACUAUCAUAAUAACUGGGGCAGCAUUUCCACGUUAAGAUCGUAAUAGUUCUUUCAGCAGGUUUUUCAGUAUUGACAAAUGAGGCUAGAUAAUGUUUUUCAAACAUUUUAAAAACAUACUAGUCUGAAGAUCAAGUAACUUUGCUUCUGGUCUCCUGUCAAGUCCUUACACAUUCAAGACUUAUAGAAUAAUACAGUGCACUGUUUUCUUAUUAGCAAAAGGAAAAGAAUAUUAUCAUCUAGUAAAUAAUUUUUAUAUUCCAGAGAUGCUGUUAUGUGCUUUGAUAUGUUAGCUUUAAAAGCUUCAAAUGCCUCUCAAGUCAUUGGAGCUAAGAAACUGGCUAGGAUGUGAACUGAAGGUGUAGGAUAGAUAUUGUGGGUGGGUAAUGUUUAAGAUUCAGUUUAGGUGCCUAUAGAAGAUAUCUACAGGCAUGCCAAGUGUCUCAUGCAAUAGUUGAUGGAGAGCUAGACAGCAGAGGCAGAGGUGCCUAGAGACUGAUUUUAUCCAGCUGAAGUAGCUUCAUGGAGCUGAUCAGAGGGAGUUGGUCCUCAGGCUCCAGUGGCUGUGUUAACCUGGGGGUAAAUUCAGUUGUCUAAGCAUAGGCAGUUAGUGCCAUUUCUGAUGCCAGAAGACACCUGAAAAUUCUGCACAGAGUUGCUAGAUACAAGAAAGGAUUGGUCUGUACAUUUCCAUACUUUUCUGGACUGGCAGUUGAGGGUUUGAUGGAAUACCUUGUGGGAUCUCAGCUAGCAUGAUUGGUUGAUGAAGAUGGAGGCUUAUGCUCCAAAUGUAUCUGCACUCAGCAAAAUAUUAAAUUAAUAUGAAAAUUAAAUUCUUAAUUUUAAAAUUAAACCCACUCAAAGUUAUGCAGAAGACUGACCUGAAGCCCCCUAAAAGUGUCUGGUGCUCUGUUAGCUUUCAUAAUAUCAGUCUAUUUUAAAUUACCCUGUUAGUGUGGAAUACACCACACUACCAGGAAUCAGAUGAUGACUGCUGAGAAAGAGAACUACAUCGUAGCAAAGAACCUUGUGAGAGUGACACUUUCUUUUUACCAAAUCCCUGCCACCUACAAAUUUUGUUGAGGUGAUUCUUUCCUCUUGCUGUUACAUGUUGAGAGAGCUCUUUAAAAACACUCCUUGAUUUGUUCUUUCCUAGUUACUUCCCAAAUUGUUUGUGUUAAGGUACUGACCAAAGAAAGUUAGGUGAUUAAAGGGUUAGCUGCAAGUCACUUGGACCCUUUUCCAUGUUUUUGCAUGAGAUAUAUGACAUUCUUACCAGAUAUCAAUCCAAGGAUAUUGCUAUAAAGGGGGUGAUUGAUUUUUUUCCCCUGGGGGAACUAGAGCUCCCUGGUCUAUUUCUGUGCUUCCUGACCUUUACAGUAUCAUCACUAUGUAUGAAGCACUGAAGAUCCAUCUUGCUAUCUUGUUCUUCUACAGCCAAAGGAGCUGGUGAUACAGAUACUGCAUAUAUUUUCCCUGACUCAGUCUCUCAACAUAGUUAAGUGCAAUUUGCUUCUGUUGAACAAAAUCCUGAACUCUAGAUCGCCUAUUUAGUUUACCUUUUAAAAUCUGGUGACAAUUGUGCAUGUAAAAUCAGAAGAAACUAUGUGGCCCUACAUUAAUUACUAUAGGUCAGUGAUGGUGAUGCUUUCAAAGACCUAAUCUGUAAGCUUGCCCUGUCUGGUAAACAUGUAAGAUUUCUAUAUAUUUAUUACUGCACAGAAAACUACAUUGGAUUGGCAAGCUGUUUGCAAAAUGAAGAUAAAGAUCUAGUCAUGUAGCAAAUGAGCCCAUUCCUAAAACUUGAAAAACACAACUAAACUAUGAAACGUGCUGGCAAAGAUUGUAAUGCCAUAUUAAGUAACAUGAAAUAUUUGAAGGUCUAAUGGUGAAUCUUCAUCUCCUUUUUGGUCAUUAUUACUUCCUCUAUUUCCCACUGUAAAGGCUUUGGUUAGAAAACAACCUAUGUUGUGUGACCCCUUGACUUUAGUUUUAAAUUGUAUACAAAUCUAUUGAAUCCUUGUUUUCGAAUAUUUAGGAGUAAUGAAGGGUUUAUGUCAGAAAUAUCCCCUUGAAAAGAGGAAACAGCGCUUAGUUGCAUGCAAUUUGCUAUGAAAGCAGGGCACAGAAACUGGCUGUCUGAAGCAGAAAUUACUGCAUUUUCUGUUUUUACAUAAACACAAAGAUCCUAAAAAUCCCCUGUAAGGAGAACCUUCCCUUACAGGAUAAAAUGGAAUUAAAAUAGUGUCAAUAAAUCGUGUGAGAGACUGUAUCAGUCUGUGCAUUGAUAGUCUGUGCAUGCAGGAUAAGAACAUUGACUGCCUGCUAAUCUAUUCCCAGAUGGAGGUGGAUGCAGACGAGAAGCGCCAUCGCACACGCUCCAAAGGUGUUCGAGUUCCCGUGGAACCAGCCAUACAAGAGCUGUUCAGCUGUCCCACGCCUGGCUGUGAUGGCAGUGGUCAUGUUAGUGGCAAAUAUGCAAGACACAGAAGUGUUUAUGGCUGUCCAUUGGCAAAAAAAAGAAAAACACAAGAUAAGCAACCCCAAGAACCAGCCCCCAAAAGAAAACCCUUUGUGGUUAAAGCAGACAAUUCUUCAGUAGAUGAGUGCUAUGAAACUGAUGGAACAGAGGAGAUGGAUGAAAAGGAAGAGGAAGAGGAGGAAGAGGAUGAAGAGGAGGAGGAAUAUUCUGAUGAUAAUGAGGAGCAAGGUGAUGAGGAGGAGGAUGAUGAGGAGAUAGAUCGAGAAGAAGAAGAGGAGAUUGAGGAGGAAGAAGAGGAGGAUGAAGAGGAAGGUGAAGAUGUGGAGGAUGAAGAGGAGGAGGAAGAAGAAGAGGAGGAAGAAGAGGAGGAGGAGGAAGAACGUGAAGACCAUCAAAUGAAUUGUCACAAUACUCGAAUAAUGCAAGACACAGAAAAAGACGAUAACAAUAAUGAUGAGUAUGAUAAUUACGAUGAACUGGUGGCCAAGUCAUUGUUAAAUCUUGGCAAAAUUGCAGAGGAUGCAGCAUACAGAGCCAGGACAGAAUCAGAAAUGAACAGCAAUACAUCUAAUAGUCUGGAAGAUGAUAGUGACAAAAAUGAAAAUAUCGGUCGAAAAAGUGAGCUGAGUUUAGAUUUAGACAGUGAUGUUGUUAGGGAAACAGUGGACUCCCUUAAAUUAUUAGCACAAGGACAUGGUGUAGUGCUUUCAGAAAAUAUUAAUGAAAGAAAUUAUGCAGACAAUACUUCACAGCAAGACAAUAGGAAUAUGAACUUUGUAAUGCUAGGAAAGCCUGUGAACAAUGGACUUACAGAAAAAAUAGUGGAGGAGAGUGAUGAAGAGGUAUGUCUCAGCAGUUUGGAGUGCUUAAGGAACCAGUGUUUUGAUCUGGCUAGGAAACUCAGUGAGACAAACCCACAGGAAAGAAAUCAACAGCAAAACAUGAACACUCGUCAGCAUGUCAGGCAAGAAGAUGACUUCCAAGGAAGAACACCAGACCGGAAUUACUCUGAUAUGAUGAACCUAAUGAGGCUUGAAGAACAGUUGAGCCCCAGAUCUAGGACUUUUUCUAGCUGUGCCAAGGAGGAUGGUUGUCACGAAAGAGACGAUGAUACCACCUCUAUUACUUCAGAUAGGUCUGAAGAAGUGUUUGAUAUGACAAAAGGUAACUUAACCCUGCUUGAGAAAGCAAUUGCUUUGGAAACAGAGAGAGCAAAAGCCAUGAGAGAAAAAAUGGCAGUGGAAGCUGGAAGGAGGGAUAAUAUGAGAUCAUUUGAGGAACAGUCUCCAAGACACCUUUCUGGAGAUGACAGGAAGCCUAAACCAAGUGACGGCCAUGUCAAAAAGCCAUAUUAUGGUAAAGAUCCCUCAAGAACAGAAAAGAAAGAGAGCAAAUGUCCUACCCCUGGGUGUGAUGGAACUGGCCAUGUAACGGGGCUUUACCCCCAUCACCGCAGUUUGUCAGGAUGCCCACACAAAGAUAGGGUCCCUCCAGAAAUUCUUGCCAUGCAUGAAAAUGUUCUUAAGUGUCCUACACCAGGCUGCACAGGCCGGGGCCACGUAAAUAGCAACAGGAAUUCCCACCGAAGCCUCUCUGGAUGUCCUAUUGCUGCAGCAGAGAAACUGGCUAAAGCUCAAGAGAAGCAUCAGAACUGUGAUGUGUCAAAAUCAAACCAGGCAUCAGAUCGGGUUUUAAGGCCCAUGUGCUUUGUUAAGCAAUUGGAGAUCCCUCAGUAUGGCUACAGAAACAAUGUCCCCACCACCACACCCCGCUCCAACUUGGCCAAGGAACUAGAGAAAUACUCUAAGACUUCGUUUGAAUAUAACAGUUAUGACAACCAUGCCUAUGGCAAGAGAGCCAUAGCUCCCAAGGUGCAAUCCAGGGAUAUAUCCCCCAAAGGAUAUGAUGCUAAACGCUACUGUAAGAAUUCAAGUCCAACCAGCAGCACAACAAGCAGUUAUGCCCCUAGCAGCAGCAGCAAUAUGAGUUGUGGUGGAGGCAGCAGUGCCAGCAGUACCUGCAGCAAGAGCAGCUUUGACUAUACUCAUGACAUGGAGGCAGCACACAUGGCUGCUACUGCUAUUCUGAAUCUCUCCACCCGCUGCAGGGAGAUGCCUCAGAACCUCUCCACUAAGCCUCAGGAUCUCUGUGCAAGGAAUCCUGAUAUGGAAGUCGAUGAAAAUGGGACGUUGGAUCUGAGCAUGAACAAGCAGAGGCAGCGAGAUGGCUGCUGCACCAUUUUGACCCCACUGGAGCCAAUGUCCCCACAACGACAAGCUGUGAUGAACAACCGCUGUUACCAACUGAAUGAGGGUGACUGCUGGGACUUGCCAGUGGACUACACUAAAAUGAAGCCAAGUAGGAUAGAUGAAGAUGAUUCCAAAGAAAUUAAUCCGGAAGAUUUGGAUCCUUUCCAAGAGGCACUUGAAGAAAGAAGGUAUCCCGGUGAAGUUACAAUCCCAAGUCCUAAACCCAAAUACCCUCAAUGCAAAGAGAGCAAAAAGGAUUUAAUAACAUGUCCAACACCAGGGUGUGAUGGGAGUGGUCAUGUGACUGGUAAUUACGCCUCACAUAGAAGUUUAUCUGGCUGUCCCUUGGCUGACAAAAGCAUUCGGAGUAUGCUGGCCACAAGCUCACAAGAACUCAAGUGUCCCACUCCUGGGUGUGAUGGCUCUGGGCAUAUAACUGGAAAUUAUGCUUCUCAUCGAAGUCUUUCAGGCUGUCCACGAGCAAAGAAAAGUGGAAUCAGGAUAGCACAAAGUAAGGAAGACAAAGAAGACCAAGAGCCAAUUAGAUGUCCAGUUCCUGGCUGUGAUGGCCAGGGUCAUAUAACUGGAAAAUAUGCAUCCCAUCGCAGUGCAUCAGGAUGUCCUCUUGCUGCCAAAAGGCAAAAGGAUGGGUACCUGAAUGGCUCACAGUUCUCGUGGAAGUCAGUGAAGACGGAAGGAAUGUCAUGUCCAACACCAGGAUGUGAUGGCUCAGGACAUGUCAGUGGUAGUUUCCUUACUCAUCGUAGUUUAUCAGGAUGCCCCAGAGCUACUUCAGCAAUGAAGAAAGCAAAGCUGUCCGGAGAACAAAUGCUAACAAUAAAGCAGCGGGCCAGUAAUGGUAUAGAAAAUGAUGAAGAAAUUAAACAGUUAGAUGAAGAAAUCAAAGAACUAAAUGAAUCCAACUCCCAGAUGGAAGCUGAUAUGAUUAAACUCAGAACUCAGGUAACAAUUACCACAAUGGAGAGCAACCUGAAGACAAUAGAAGAGGAGAACAAAGUAAUUGAACAGCAAAAUGAGUCUCUUCUUCAUGAAUUGGCCAAUUUAAGCCAGUCUUUAAUUCAUAGUCUAGCUAAUAUCCAGCUGCCACAUAUGGAACCAAUCAAUGAACAAAAUUUUGAUGCUUACGUGACCACUUUGACGGACAUGUAUACAAAUCAAGAUCGUUAUCAGAGUCCAGAAAAUAAAGCCCUACUGGAAAAUAUAAAGCAGGCUGUGAGAGGAAUUCAGGUCUGAACAGCUGCUAUAGUGAUGAAAAUCUUGCUUAAAAAAAGGAUGCCUCUUGUUUUUUGCUGCUGUAAUUUACCAGAAAGUGUUAUAUAUUUAUUUCUGUUUGAAACAGUGUUAUGCUUACAAGACUUCAUAAUGAUUUUAUGUCUUGCUUUAAAGAUAGUAACUGCAGAAUAGUUUUUUGAAUACAUUCACAUUUUGUACGUUUUCAUAUAAGCUGACAUAGUGUGAUAUGCCAUGUAAUGUUUAUAGCUGCUAAUGUAUGCACAUUUUUGGGGUAUAUAUAUUUCUGAAGAGGUAAGCUGAUCAAAAUAAAUAGAGUGUAAAUUCUUUUUAAUGCUUUAGUGAUUAAAUGUUUUAGUAUUUUGAACUGAAAUGGACAAAAAAAAAACAGCUUUGAAUGACAAUGUUGCGGUCUGCAGCCACUUUUUAAACACUAUCAUUUUGCCUCAUGUUGGAGGAUUUUAUGGGAUUUACGAAGUACAUUUUGUGUGCAUAUUGUUUCAUAGCAAGAAUUGGUUGCAAAAAUGCUUUAUUUUUGAACAAUGCUUGAAAAUAUUAUGUGACUUUUGUUUUUGAAGGAUGGUGUGUGGUGGGGGCAAUAAAAUGAGGUUUUUUGAAUUCCAAGAAAAUGGCAUGGAUUAGAUGUAAGUUACAAAAUGGGUAAUUUAUUGUAAGACAACAUCAAGCCAUGGAAACUUGACAGAAGAUUCAAAGCAGCUUAAACAGCACUUUUUAAUUAACUUCUAAGCAUUACAUGGUAUGAAUAUGGGAACUUCCAUUAUGAAAAGAACUAUAUCAGAGGUGGACAACGUGAAGAUUUCAGCUUUUGUUUUCCAAUAAACUUUGGAGCCAACAUUCUCUUAUUUCUACCGGACUGCUAGUGCCCCUCUGAACUAUCUGUUAUAGCAAUGUAGUUCAUCUUUCAGAAAUUCUGUGGUUUCAAUUCAAGACGAAGGACAAUAUUUAAAAGUUAAUAUUGCCUUUUCACAUCUUUAAUUUUGGGAUAAAUACAAAUGAUCUGUGUCUUUUAGAGUUACUGAACUGCAUUCAUUGCUACCUGUAGUAGGAAUGCAGUUCAGUAAAGAUUUUUCCUUUUGCUUUGCCAAACAUUCGAUCCCAUUCUUAACAUUUUGAUAUUUAUGUUUUGCUUUCUGUUGGAGAACAAUCAUUACUGCAGCAUUCACAUAUGCUUUGUAUUUGUUCUACUAUCACCUAUUGCAAAAAUGAAUGCAAUCAAAUUUUUAAUGUAAUUAAAUAUACUUCAGCACUUUUUUUGCUUUAAACAGGAUCAUUUUAAGGUAAAACUUACUUGUACCUUCAAGAUUUGAUUGUUUUCUUCAAAAUGACUGCACUAUAUGUAUGCAUAAGACCACUUUUUAUUACUACAUUUUUCUUUUUUAAGUAGUAAAUUUGGUGAUGUGUUGUGUUUUACAGAUGUUGAAUUUAUUUAAAUUUGAUAGCAUAUCUUUUCCUUCCAUGUCUUGAUGUUAUGCAGAAAGUACAAAAGUACUUUAAAAUUUUGUUAUGAAAAAGAUGGGUUUUGUAAAAAAUAAAAUAUUUUUAGCAGAACAGGACUUACAGGGUCAUUGUCCCCACAAUGUGCCAGUUGACUAUUUGCACUUACCUUGCCCUAUAUAUCCAUACGGAGGUGUGCAAUUUCUUGUGUCAUUAGCCUUGUGACACUAAACCUGAACAAAUUAUAGUGGAAGCCAUUAUGGCCAAUCCAAUAAUAUUGCUAAGGGAGACUACAGGGAUCUCACAACAAAUAUUCUGAUACAAUACUCAACCUCGGUAUAUAUAUAUAUGUAUAAAUAUAUGUAUAUCCCAGCGGCACUUUAUACUAUUCACUGUACAAAAGCUUACAGUUUUCCACGAGGACUUUAAUAACUAGCUGGGAAAAGAUUAUGUAAUUACUUUGGGGCUCUGCAGUAUCUUAUCUGUACAGUGCCCUUUUUCUGUUGUGCUAUUAGUUGUAGCUGCCAUGCUCAGAAUUGCCUUUUUGAGAGCUGAAGCAAGGUGCUUGUUGUUCACCUUCUGCCAUAUAUAUUGUACUUUUGCCCUAGCCUCCUUUUAGGGCUUUCAUUGUUCAUAAUGGCAUAUGCAUUUUUCCACUGCAUUGUGUCUGCAGCUUCUUUGCCAAUAUAGUAAUGCUUUCAGUAGAGUAAUAGAUAGUAUCAGUUUUGGAUUCUUAUUGUUAUCACCUAUGUACAAUGAAAAGGGAUUUUAAGCACAAAUCUGCUGCUCAUCUAAUGUUGGUACAUAAUAUCAAAUCAAAAGUUAUCUGUGACUAUUAUAUAGGGAUCACAAAGUGUCACAUAUUAGAAUGCUGACCUUUCAUAUGAAAUUAUUGUGAGUCAUCAGAGUUUAUUUAUUAUAACUUAUUGUUCAUAUUCAUUUCUAAGUUAAUUUAAGUAAUCAUUUAUUAAGACAGAAUUUUGUAUAAACUAUUUAUUGUGCUCUCUGUGGAACUGAAGUUUGAUUUAUUUUUGUACUACACGGCAUGGAUUUGUUGACAUUUUAAUUUUGCUAUAAAUGUGUGGAAUCACAAGUUGCUGUGAUACUUCAUUUUUAAAUUGUGAACUUUGUACAAAUUUUGUCAUGCUGGAUGUUAACACAUCUUACUCUAAAUAAAUAAAAAAAUGUGUUGCCA